AUGGUUCAAAAAAUCAAUAUUCAAAAGUUGGAGUCCAUCUCAAUAAUUAUGAGUGACACACUUGAAGCGAAAAAGGCGGCUAUUCGUGCAAAGAUUGAGGCCGAGAUGCGAGAAAAGAGGAAGCUUGAGAAGGAGGCGAAACACGUACAACCGUCCUCUUCAAAAGAUAUGUCCACUGCAAUUGCAGAAAUGAAGAAAAAGGCAGUUGAAGAAGCAAAAGUGGAAGUUGAAAAGGAGUGGAAAGAGAAAUAUGAGAAGAAAAACGAAGAGCUUUCUAAAGCCUUAACAGAAAACACUACACUGAAGGCUACAAUACUUGAGUUACAAACUUCUGAAAAAUAUUCGAAAGAAGAAAACUCAAAAUUACUCGUCAAAAUCACAGAACUGGAAAAGGAAAAAGUGGACUUUGAGGAAUCGAACUCAAAAAUAAUUGCGACAUUCCAAAAAGAAAAUGAGGUUCUAAAAAUAGAUUUAUCGCAACAAAAAGAAAACAUUCAGAAAUUAAGCGAUGAAAAUGAGCACUUAAAAAUUACCCUUCAAAAAGUGGAAGACGACAAAAACAAAGAAAUUGCAGAUGAAAAAGAAACCAGUCGAAAAGCGAUAGAAAAGUGUGGAGAGGACUUUAAACAAAAAGAAAAGGAACUUCUUGAAGCAAAAACAAAAGAACUUGAACAAACCACCAAAGAGCUUGAAAAUGAAGCGGAGCAGAAAAUUGAUGAAUACGUUCGGCAAUUUAAAGAAGACGAGAAAAAAAGUCGCGAGAUGUGGGAAGAGAAAAAGAGUGAAGAGAUCAAAAGUGAGAUGAUGGAUAUGUGUAUGAAGUUACUUGAUGAAAUGGAAGAACAAACACGAACAGAAAUAUACAAUGAAGUAAUGUCUGAUUUAAUGAAUGGAAAACAAUUUGAUGUGAAACCAAAUACUGAAGAUUUGAAUGAAGAAUUAAAUGAAGAAGACGAAGCAGAGAUCGAAAGAAAAAUCAACGAAGAGCUUGAGAAGCAAGUCCGUGAGGAAGUAGAAAAUGAGAUGCAAAAGAGUCAACCCGAUGAUGAUCAGAAAGACCAGACAAGUAACAACAAUUCCUUAAAUUCUGAAAAUAAAAUGACACAAAAUGAUAGUUGCGAUAAACAUUGCGAUAAAACACUACCUUCAAAUUCUGAAACAAAAAUAGACGUAGCGAACGCAUCAAAUGUUGUGCUAACAAUAGCAGCUGACGAUUUAGCACCUCCGCCACUUGAUGAACAUAUAGUUGAACAAUAUAAAGCACCUCCAAACCCGCCAGAGUUAACAUUUGAACAACUUUCUCAACAGAAAAACGAUAUUCAACUUGAAGGAGGUGAAGUACUUAACACACAAAACAAGGUAGAGACCUCCCCACAACCUCUCCAUAUGAAAAGUGAAUCAAUUACGACUGUCGAAGAUAUCAAUAAUCAAAAAACAUCAAAUUAUUUGGACACAAAUGAUAUACCAACUAACGCAACAGAAAAACAACGUCGUUCGUCAUUUGGUAUUGAAGAGUUGACCGUCGGAAGCGACUUGAUGUACUUCCAAAUCCGUCCCAAUGGCAAGAAAGGGCGAUACCCCAUUUCAAAGAACUUUUUCGAGUUCAACUCGAGUCUUCCAACACAAAACGAGAACUCCACUGUCCUUUGUACUGCUGGAACUUCAGAGAAUGACCCACAACAAGCGGUAGAAACUCAAGACGAGAAAAAAACAAAAAUAGGAGUGCGCGGAGGGUUUCCUCAUGGUUUUAACCCUGCCGACAUCAAAUUGAAAAACACGGGCGGUCUCCGUCGUAAAUCUUUUUCACAACAAUUCAAAGAAAAAGUGCAACCAAUGCAAAACUUGGACCCAAAUGAACUCGUCAAAAAACAGGAAAACCUCAAAGAAAAUAUUGAAGCAAAAAAAGACUCAAAAGACGUGCAGAGCUCCCCACGCGUCAAUAAAUUCAUCGGAAGAGUCCAAACAGCACAAAACAAUUCAUCACCAGAAAAGUCCGAGAAAGACGAGAAGAAAGAAAAACACACAACUCCUCCAAAACCAGCCGGCGUGGCUCCGCCACUUGAAAAAGGAAAAAAGGAAAAGUCAAGAGACUCAAAGGGAAAAACAGACGACGUAAAGGCGGCCGAAAAAGAAAAAGAGAAAACUGAAAAAGAAAAGAAAAAGGAAAAAAAGAAAGAUAAAAAGAAAAAAAUAAAAUAA